UGCCUGUAUAUAAGGAAGCUAAGGGUGUGCACAAGCAAUGACUCAAAAGUUCAAAAAUUAAUAACCAGAUAUAUCGAACCAGUUAAUUAGCAGAGCAGAAUUGAACUACCAUGGAAGGUGCAGCCACCUCGAAACACAUAAACAUUACCUCCCCUAUCCUCAUCCUCCUCCUCUUCUCCAUUCUCGUCAUCACCACAACCGCAAUAGGCACUGCAACCACUCUAACUCAGCCAAAGACGUCGUCGUCGUCGUCUCCGGCGGAGUGCACCUACGGCAUCUACGUCCAGACCGGGUCGGUUCAGCGGGCGGGGACCCACUCGGUGAUCGGGCUGAGCCUCUGGGACGAGUCUGGGUCGCAGAUAGCCAUCCCCAACCUGGAAACCUGGGGACUGAUGGGGCCAGGGUUCAACUACUUCGAGACCGGCGAGCUCAACAUCUUCGGGGUGAGAGGGCCCUGCCUGGCCGGCGGGGUCUGCGGAAUCAACCUGACCUCCGAUGGCUCGGGGCCCUACCAUGGCUGGUACUGCGACUACGUCCAGAUCACCUCCUUCGGCCUGGGGAUCGACUGCUCUCAGCAGAUGUUUCAUGUCGAACAGUGGCUCGCCCGGGACGAGCCUCCCUACCAGCUCACCGCCACCCGGGAUCUCUGCAAAACUGCCACUACUGCUCUCCCUUCAUAUUCAAAAUCCAUCUAAUUAACUAAUUAAUCCAUCCCUACGUUCAUCACCUCGCAGAAUAAGUGUGGUUUUCUUUAAUUCGGUUUUUACCACCAUGAACGAAUCUAGCUAGGUGAUAAUAAUCAUUUUAAUCAUCUAUCUAUGUUUGUAAUGUUUCUUUGUAAUCCAUGAGAUCGAUCGAUCGAUCGAUGUUUCUGAACACAUACACACACAGACUCAAUCAAAAUCAAUGUGAGUAGAUUAUGGACUACAUAUAAA